CCUCCUGUGUAGCUGGGAUUACAGCUCUAGGGAGAAGACAAUGAAAAACUGUGUAACAGGUGAGAGCUCUGCAUCAAAAGUCAGUGCUAAUGUUGACAGCAGGAUUGAAAUGGGUCCUGCCCGAGAUUUGCUUCCGUCUUUGGUAGUCCCAGUGCCUUCUCAGGCGAGGUGUUGCUCACAUCCUGAAGACACGACGAAAGCCUUCUGCAGGAGGGAGCUUGAACUGAAGGAGGCUGCGCAGCUGGUCCCUAAUGACAUGGAAAGUUUGAAGCAAAAACUGGUCAGAGUGCUGCAGGAAAACCUCGUUUUGUCAGAAAAAAUUCAACAGUUGGAGGAAGGUGCUGCCAUCUCAAUUGUGAGUGGGCAACAGUCACAUACUUAUGAUGAUCUUCUGCACAAAAACCAACAACUGACCAUGCAGGUGGCUUGCCUGAACCAGGAGCUUGCCCAGCUGAAAAAGCUGGAAGAGACAGUUGCCAUUCUCCAUGAAAGUCAGAGAUCCCUGGUGGUAACUAAUGAGUGUCUGCUGCAGCAGCUGAAUAAGGAGCCAAAAGGUUAUUCCGGGAAAGCGCUCCUGCCUCCUGAGAAGGGUCAUCAUCUGGGGAGAUCAUCGCCCUUUGGGAAAAGCACGUUGUCUUCCUCCUCACCAGUGGCACAUGACACUGGUCUAAUACAGAGCAUCUUGGAUGCUGCCCCAGAGCCUGGCUUAUGGAGCUAGCAUGGAACUCACACCACAGCUUCCCUGGUCCACAGAGGCUCUCACCGCCAUUGCCACCAGUGUGGUGGUAUGUACUUACAAAGAUUAAGAAAGAAAUGUAUUCUGA